GCAGAGUAUUACCACGGAGCAGCAGCAGCAGCAGCAGCGUCGCGCCUGCGGAUUUAGCAGUGACUUUCUGCGGCUGGGAUGCGACCAGGAACCAACCCUGGAGAUCCACGGAAAGUUAAAUGCUAAAUGCUAAAAUGUUGAUGAACUGAGUUUUACUCCACGAUCCAGACUGGUGGUUUACUCUCUUUGAAGAGCGAGAAAACUUUUUUUCCUCCUCUCCACACUGUUGCCUGACAUUGAAAAUGGCCGUUCGUGGGAACUCACUCAUGCCUUUUUCAAUUCAAGCCAUUCUGAACAAAAAGGACGACAGCAGACACUUGCCCGAUUUGGACAUGUGCUUCUCCAAGACGACUUGCUGGAAAAUAUUCGGGGAGAUGAACGGUGGGUCGAGGGGAGACGCAGGGGAGGCGUGCGAGCCCGCGGAACAGAAAAGCUACGACUCGGACUCGGGGCUCAGCGACGACAACGACAGCAGCAAAACUCCAGAGAAAGUGUGCAAGUCGGAGAAAGACGCAGACCCCGGGUCGGAUGUUCCCGAGGAGAGUCUGCAGGAGGAGACCGACCAGGAGUCUGCAGCUGCGGAGAACGCAAAGAGCGACAGUGAGCCAGUUAAUGGCACCGACUCCAGCACCAUGGACGAGAAGAGUCUAGAUCAGCCCAAACAGCGGAAAAAGCGCUCCAGGGCCGCAUUCUCCCACGCGCAGGUCUUCGAGCUGGAGCGUCGCUUCAACCACCAGCGGUACCUGUCCGGGCCGGAGCGGGCGGACCUGGCGGCCUCCCUGAAGCUCACAGAGACGCAGGUCAAGAUCUGGUUCCAGAACCGCCGGUACAAGACGAAACGCCGCCAGAUGGCCGCAGAUCUGAUGGCUUCGACCCCGGCGGCUAAGAAAGUGGCGGUGAAGGUGCUGGUGCGGGACGACCAGAGACAGUACAGCCCGGGAGAGAUCCUGCGGCCCCCGCUGCUCUCCCUGCAGCCGUCCUACUAUUACCCGUACGCCUACUGCCUCCCUGCGUGGACACUCUCUGCGUGUGCAGGGAACCAGUGAGAGCGCACCGACUUUAUUUAUUCUGAUCUAUUUUGACAGGAAACCCAGACUAACAGUAACUAUUUUUCUGACAAGAGGAUGACAUAUGACGAUCUGCCUCGUCGUGAUCUCCAGAGAACCAGGGGUCCCCAGAGUUUUCUCCCCUUCCCCCAGCCUUCUCAACAUUCUAAAAAAUAUUUAUAAACCCCUUCUUUUAGUUUCUCCCGACAAACCCACCGCAGAAGACUUUCCUCGUAUUUUGAGGUAUAUAAAUCUUAAAUGACCGAGCUGUGGGCGAGCGGGCGAGACUGGACCUCCUUAUAUAAAAUGUCAGUAUGUUAAACUCUGAGGUGUCACACCAAAGUAUUUCUUUCUCAGCUCGGGAGCCCCUGGAGGACCUCAACACAUACCGGACCCCGCUUUAGGGAGCCGGGGGCCUGACACUGACUACGAAAUGUCACCAUAUGCUGGUUUAUGAUUUCGAUGCGCCUUCCUACCUCUGCAGUGAUUGAUAAUGGGUGUAUUCCAUUGAAAUAUUCAAAUAAUUGUCUGCGUUACAUGUUGUGUUUUUAUUUUUAUUUCCCCCCUUCUUUUGCUGUGUUUGUAAAGGUAAGAUAUUUCAGCACUUUGAGCAUCUAUGUUACGUCAUUUACCUUUACAUUAUAGUUUAGACAUUUUCAGAUCAGACUGAAAAAAAAAAACACACGUUCUAAAGCGUUUUGUUGUUGACUGAGAAAUUAUGGAGCGUAAAACAACAACAACAAAAACCAACUUCCUGAUGAAAUGUAAUUAAAUGUGUUCUGUGUUUAAUGACCGAAGAAAUAUUAAAAACAUAACGGGAUUU